AUGUCUUCUGCCGUCGACAACCUCGCCGAGAACCUCAAGAACGCCAGCAUCGAGGAGCCCUCUGCGGCAAACAAUGAUGCCGUUCUUGCUUCUGCUGCCGAAGGUCGUCGAUUGUACAUCGGAAAUCUCGCUUAUGCGACAACUGAGGCGGAACUCAAGCAGUUCUUUUCAGGCUACGAUGUCGAGUCAACUUCCAUUCCCGUGAACCCUCGAACCAACCGUCCGGUCGGUUACGCCUUCGUCGAUCUGAAAACUUCGGAAGAGGCGGAGAAGGCCAUUCAAAAUCUCUCUGGCCAGGACAUUCUGGAGCGCAAGGUCUCUGUUCAACUUGCUCGCAAGCCUGAUCAGACUGCAGCCACUCCUGAGGGUGCAACUGAAGGUGCCGAAGGUGCCGAAGGUGGUGAGCGCAAGAGAACUCCUGGACGUGGUCGUGGUGGUCGCGGUCGCGGCCGUGGUGGUCGUGCUCGUGGAGGUGCCAGAACCACCGACGCUGCUCCUACCACUGAAACUGCGGAGAACACCCUUCCUUUGACCGACGCCACUACCGACGCCAACAAGGACGCUCAUAAGACUGAUUCUAAGACCCGUCCUCCUCGUCCUCCGAAGCAACGUGGACCACCGGAGGACGGUAUCCCAUCCACGACCAAGGUCAUGGUUGCCAACUUGCCAUACGAUCUUAGCGAGGACAAGCUGAAGGAACUCUUCGCCGCGUACGAACCCAGCUCCGCUAAGAUCGCUCUUCGCCCUAUUCCUCGCUUCAUGGUCAAGAAGCUUCAGGCCCGCAACGAGCCUCGCAAGGGUCGUGGCUUUGGCUUUGUCACUCUUGGUUCGGAAGAGUUGCAGAAGAAGGCGGUGGAGGAGAUGAAUGGCAAGCAGAUCGAGGGCCGUGAGAUCGCAGUCAAGGUUGCCAUCGACAGCCCCGGAAAGGAGGAUGGUGCUGAGGCGGGUAUUGAGAAUGGUACCAAUGGUACUACUGAGGAAGUUGCUGCCGCUUAA